UCAACAGCAUUAAGCCCGUUUCUCUGUCUUCAGUCUCCUUCACUUCCUGAAACUCACGCAUGAAAUUGUCCUUUUUUUCUGUUUCAUCACCGCCUCCCUUCUUCUUUAUCCACUCCAUUUAACAUCUUACAUUUAUCCUUUCAGCUUGUAUUCGUAAACGAUAACAAUGAAGCCUCAUGGACAAUGCCUGUUUCUAGUGUUUGCCUUUUUCUCUGUAUCUUUCUUGUCAAUUGUGGACUCAGAUCUCGCCUCUGACAGGGCGGCUUUAGUGGCUUUACGUUCAGCCGUCGGUGGCCGCCUGCUUCUCUGGAACCUUACUGACUCUCCUUGCAAAUGGGUUGGAGUGUUUUGUACUCAAGACCGAGUCACUGAGUUACGUCUCCCUGGUAUGGGUUUAUCCGGGCAGGUCCCUAUCGCCAUUGGAAACCUCUCUCAGCUUCAAACUUUGUCUCUUCGUUACAACGCCUUGCGCGGGUCGGUCCCGGUUGAUAUUGCUCAGCUUUCGAAUCUUCGUAACUUGUACCUGCAAGAGAACAAGUUUUCUGGUGAAAUUCCGGAGUUUUUGUUCACUUUGCAGAACUUGAUUCGGUUAAACUUAGCGGAUAAUAACUUCACCGGUACGAUCUCUACUAAAUUUAAUAACUUGAAGAGAUUAGGGACUCUUUAUUUGGAGAACAAUAACUUAACUGGGUUUCUCCCGGAACUGGAUUUGCCUUCUCUUCAACAAUUUAAUGUUUCUAAUAACAACUUGAAUGGGCCGAUCCCAAAACGGUUGGCUAAAAUGGAUAUAAGUGCGUUUCAGGGAAAUGCACUUUGUGGGAAACCGUUAGUAUCUUGUAAUGGUACUCAUAGUGGUAAUGGAUUGUCUGGUGGAGCGAUUGCUGGGAUUGUUAUUGGAUCGGUGAUUGGAUUUUUGAUCAUUUUAGCAUUAUUGCUAUGUUUGUGUAGAAUAAAGAAGAGUGAUAAUAAGACAACGAGUUCUAAAGAUGUAGCUCCAGCAAGUGAAACUGUGAAGCAAAAUGAGACUGAAAUCUUCCGGGAAAAGGCAUCAGUGAGUAGUCAGAAUGUCAGUACUGAUUUGUCUAGUCCGGUGAAGGCGGAGGCGAAGAGUAGUGGGGAUAAGAAUUUGGUGUUCUUUGGGAAGGGGGCAAAGGUGUUUGAUUUGGAGGAUUUGUUGAGGGCAUCAGCUGAGGUCUUGGGGAAAGGCACAUUUGCAACGACUUAUAAGGCCACUUUGCAAAUGGGGCUGGUGGUUGCUGUGAAGAGAUUGAAGGAUGUGACAAUGACGGAGAAGGAAUUUCUGGAGAAGAUGGAGGUGGUGGGGGCAAUGGAUCAUGAGAAUUUGGUCCCAUUGAGGGCCUAUUAUUUUAGCAGGGAUGAAAAGCUUCUUGCGUAUGAUUACAUGCCUAUGGGAAGCUUAUCUGCACUUUUACAUGGAAGCAGAGGUGGUGGUAGGAUUCCAUUGAAUUGGGAAACCAGGUCCAACAUUGCCCUUGGAGCUGCCCGAGCUAUUUCAUACAUCCAUACUCAUGGACCAGCGAUCUCCCAUGGAAAUAUCAAGUCAUCAAAUAUCCUCUUAUCUAAAUCCUAUGAAGCCCGAGUGUCUGACUUUGGCCUUGCUCAUCUCACAAGCCCCUCGUCCACUCCCAACCGGAUUGACGGCUAUCGUGCCCCAGAGGUGACUGAUGCUCGCAAGGUAUCCCAAAAAGCAGAUGUCUACAGCUUUGGUGUGUUGUUACUGGAAUUGCUUACAGGGAAGGCACCUACUCAAGCCCUCUUGAACGAGGAAGGAGUGGACCUCCCCAGAUGGGUUCAAUCCAUUGUUAAAGAGGAGUGGACUUCUGAGGUGUUUGACCUUGAGCUUCUCAGGUACCAGAAUGUCGAGGAGGAUAUGGUUCAGCUCUUGCAGCUUGCCAUUAAUUGCACUGUUCAGUAUCCAGAUAAACGUCCAUCAAUGGCUGAGUUGACAAGCCAGAUUGAGGAGAUUUGCCAUUCUAGCUUACACCCUGAGCCAGACACAAAUCAUGGUUUAAUCCAUGAUUUGGAAGACAGGUCAUCCCAGUAGGCUUACUCAACCGAUUCUGUUGCACCACCACCUUCAGCAAAUCCAUGAGCAAAUCUUUCCUUGUUGCGCCCAUUUUUAUCAUACAUAGUCUAGUGUAUUAAUUGUCUUUAAAUUCUUGCGUCAGCCUCUUCAAACUCAUGUACCUUGUUUUUUUCCCUUUAUUCUUUCUCAUAGCGGCAUUUUUCUUUUCCCGAGGCAGUGAUUACUUCCGAUGUGUUUGCGUUCGGGGGAUUCGAAUACUAUUAUUUUACUUGGCUGUGUGAAAAUGUGAAUAAUUUCCAUCUGGUUACAUGCUCUUCUGUAUGUUACUAUCUUUCCUUCUUAA